AGAAGAGAAAUAAGGAAAACAGCUAUGGCUGCCGAGAUUCAUUCAAGGCCACAGAGCUCCAGACCUAUACUGCUUAACAAAAUCGAAGGGCACCAAGAUUCAGUGACUGCUGUUAUUUUAAUUCCGAAGGAGGACGGAGUCAUCACGGUCAGCGAAGACAGGACUAUCCGCAUAUGGAUGAAGAGAGACAGUGGGCAGUACUGGCCUAGCAUUUACCAUACUGUGUCCUCUCCAUGUACAUGUGUGGCAUACCACCAAGAAAGCAGGCGGAUCUUCAUAGGACAGGACAAUGGAUCUAUUGUGGAGUUUCUUAUUUCAGAAGAUUUUAACAAGAUGAAUCCCAUGAAAACUUACCCAGCUCAUCAGGGUCGUGUGUCAGACUUGGUGUUUUCCUUGCCGAGUCAGUGGGUAGUGAGUACAGGGUAUGACAAGAGUGUUAGCUGGAUGUGCACCCAGAGUGGGGCCAUGCUAGGGUGCCACUACUUUAGCUCUUGGGCCUCAUGUCUUCAGUAUGAUGAUGAUACCCAGCAUGCAUUUGUUGGUGACUACUCAGGACAAAUCACCUUGCUAAAAUUGGAGGGAGAGACGUAUUCUGCCAUAACUACUUUGAAAGGACAUGAAGGAAGCAUAGGAGCUCUGUGGUGGGAUCCGGUCAAAAGAUGGCUGUUCUCCGGUGCAUCAGAUCACAGUAUAGUCAUGUGGGACAUUGGUGGAAGAAAGGGACGCACACUACUACUGCAGGGACAUCAUGAAAGGGUGCAGGCUCUAAGGUACCUCCCACUGUCUAAGCAGUUGGUCUCCUGCUCGGCUGAUGGAGCUAUUGCAGUGUGGAACAUGGACCUGCCACGGGAGGAGGCCCCACAUUGGCUGGAUAGUGACUCAUGUCAGAGAUGUGAACAGCCGUUUUUUUGGAACAUUAAGCAAAUGUGGGACACCAAGACCCUUGGUCUUCGACAACACCAUUGCAGAAAAUGUGGUAAAGCAAUUUGUGGGAAGUGUAGCUCUAAAAAUUCAACCUACCCCGUCAUGGGCUUUGAGUUCCAGGUGCGAAUGUGUGAUGACUGUUACAGCACUAUAAAAGAAGAAGAUCGAAUACCUAUGGCAUUUUUCCAUGAAGGGAAGCACAACAUAUCUCACAUGGACAUGGACCUAUCUAGAGGCCUUAUGGUCACCUGUGGGAGCGACCGUAUUGUUAAGAUAUGGGACAUGAUCCAAGUGGUUGGCUAUAACAUUUCAACAGGCUCCAACUAAAUGAAUGUAACACUUGAAACCUCACCAGUGCAUUCUACACACAGAAGCCCAUUAUACUGUAGGAGCUCUGCACUUAUAAAUCCACAAACCUGGUCUCCUCCCUCUAGUUAUAUUUCUGUAUGCCUAUGUAAUUUGUGUCCUCUUUGUCAUCUGUCAUAACCUUUUAUUCUCUAAAUUGUAAUAAUGAUCAUAUUGAUGUGUGGUGACCCUUGUCAAUCAUGACAAUUCUCUCUCUACCCCACAAUGCCUUAUUCAACUCAGGUGAAAAACUGUAAGUUCUAUUUAUACUGUAAUAACAGUGACCCAUAAAACUGUUUCAAUGCAGUUGAUGACCUACCUAUGUUGCCAUGGAAAGUAUCUGUAGUAGACAGCAGCAAAGUGGUCAAGCAUGCCACAGAUGGAAAAAAAUGAUUGAGCAGGUCUCCUGGGAAUGUCCAGGGCUUUUUAUGUAUGUCAAACUCUGUAUUCAACUUACUCAUUCAUUAUAUUAGCCAUGUGGCAGAAGCAAUUCCAGAAAUCCUCAAACUAGCUCAUGUGCUAGCAUCCACUAUGCCAUGGUCAAAGUUUAAGAUAAGAUCACAUUAUUCUCUAUUCUGCUGUCAACAUAAUUUGAGCUGUUGAACUGUAUCUACAUUAUUUUAUUCAUUUCGUUGCUGCCACAUGAAUGGCUGAUAAUUACAUGCAUUAUACACAGAUGUACAUAAUUAGCCUGUAUAUGUGUACAAGUGUAUAUGGUACUGCUUCCUGUCUCCCUCUCUCGCUCC